GAGGUGGAGGAACUGAGGAAGGCGCUGAAAACGCACAGGUAGAUCUAAAGAACACCUUGUGCGACAGGAAAACCGUAAUAACCCAGCGACUAUAUAGAGACUUUUCCCAGAGUCUUCCGUCGAACUCGCUGGAGGUUUCGGUGCCGACAUGAACCACCUGUGUCGAUGCGUUUCUGGUUGAAGACAGAGCCGUCGAGUCGGGGGGUCCGGGCCUUGUUCUGAUUAGCGGCUUGUCCGGGCCGGGUCAUGCUGAUGGACCAGGACACUGAGUGGCUCUACCAGCUCCUGGCUGAAGUCCAGCUGGAGAAGUUCUACGUCCGUGUCCGAGAUGGCCUCAACAUUACCCGCUUGGAGCACUUCAACUACGUCAAGGAGUCGGACCUCGAGCAGAUCGGAAUCAGCAAGCCGGCACAAAGAAGAUUAUGGGAAGCCCUGAAACGGUACAAGACGGCCUCGCGCACGCGGUCCUCGUGGAUCUCCAAGGCGUUCAGCAGUCGAGGCUCAGAGGGAGGGGAACCGUCCGCCGCGGGGGGCCCGGUUUACCCGGAAAGCGCCGUGCGGGCCUCACCUCGUCUGAUCCAGGACGGUGAGCUGAUUCUGGGGGAGAAGUUGGGAUCGGGGGCCUUCGGAGUGGUGAGGAAGGGAGAGUGGACGACACCCACAGGCAAAGUGCUACCUGUGGCAGUCAAGUCCAUGAGGAGCAGUAUGUCCAGACACAACGACACGCUGACAGACUUCCUGCAGGAGGUCACCACCAUGCAGUCCUUGGACCACCCCAACAUCAUCCGACUCUACGGUGUGGUGCUCACGCAGCCCCUGAAGAUGGUAACAGAGUUAGCCCCCUUCGGCUCGUUGUACGACACCCUGCGAGCGCGGCAGUGCGAGUACCCGCUGCUGCGCCUCUGCCUCUUCGCCGGCCAGAUCGCGGCGGGCAUGGACUACCUGGAGACCCGCAGAUUCAUCCACAGGGACCUGGCUGCCAGGAAUGUGCUGCUGUCCUCCAGGGAGGUGGUGAAGAUCGGAGACUUUGGUCUGAUGCGAGGCUUGAGUCAGGAGAAAGACCAUUACAUCAUGGGAGCACACAAGAGGAUCCCGUUUGCAUGGUGUGCCCCAGAAAGCCUGCGUGUCGGCUCCUUCUCCCAUGCCUCUGACGUCUGGAUGUUUGGCAUCACCAUGUGGGAGAUGUUCAGCUACUGCGAGGAGCCUUGGUUCGGUCUCUCGGGGAGACAGAUUUUGUGGCGUGUGGAACAAGAUGGCGAGCGACUGGAGAAACCGCCAGAUUGUCCUCAGGAGCUGUACGCCAUCAUGAGGAAGUGCUGGGCCCUCAACGCCGGUGACAGGCCCAGCUUUGCCGAGCUCAUGACAAUGCUGGGAGAGACCAAACCAUUGCUGGUCCAAGCGACAAGAGACUUUGCAGAGCCCAGAAAACUCCUUCUUGCGCCAAACGACAUUGUGACUGUGAUUGACCACGGGCUGGAGAUGAGCGAAUGGCGUGGGCAGAACCAGAGGACGCUGGCCGUCGGCUGGUUUCCAUCCAUCCUAACCGUGCCCGUCACCACUACCUCCAACGCGCUGACUGCUGGCGUUGCCAUCAUCUCACCACCGUUGAAAGGCAGCCUGCAACACACGGGCCAUGGAGAUAUCCACCCUGACCGCAGCUGGGGAACGCCUGAGAGGCUGGAAGACAGCAGGAGGUCACCCCCUGGCAGGGAGCGGGAGGGAACCAAUCUGAUGAAAAUGGCAGCUAUGUCUCAGAGCCUGGAGUCGGUCCUGAGUGGGCCUCGUCCCCGCCCUCAGGCUUUCAGGGUGGAUCAGCACGGCAGGCCCCUGCCUACUGCCGUGGUCGCUCGCAGCAUGAUGGCCCCGCAGGACCCGCGGCGCUUCAGCGAGGCCGGCCUCGCCCCCCCUCCUCGGCCGCCUCUCCCCAACCUCAAACGCUUGAACGUGAAGGCUCAGAGGAAGCCCAUGGUUCAGCCGCCCCCGGGCCCCUCGUGGCCUCAACAAACGGCGCUGUACCCCCCGGCGCCGCAGCCACAGCCUCCCCCUCAGGUCCUCCAGCAGGGUCUGGCCGGGUCCAACCUGGGGAAAAUGGCCCAGCUUACGCGUUCCACCCCGCAGCUGGAUGACGACCCGAGGGAAAAAGUGAGGGACAGAGAGAAAUCCUCCCCAAAGGAGAACCUGAUCGCUCAGGUGAUGGAGGCGGUGCACGGCGUGACCAUCGACGAGGUGCAAACGGCGCUUCAGAGUAACGACUGGAACCCCGUACGGGCGGAGCAGCAACUCAAGAUCGAGCAGCUUUAUUCGCUCAGCCUCUGCUCCGUGGACGACUGCGUGAAGAUCCUCUCCAGGCACCAGUGGAACCUGCAGCUGGCCAGCAGAUUCCUCAUCCGCUUCUCCCGGGAGGAACGGGCCGGCCCCGGUGACAGGGAUCGACCUCAGAUCAGCGCGGAAAGACGAGUCUGAAGAGACCGGUCGCCGGCUUUGGCCGGUUGACGGCCGACUUUUUCAGCUACGCCUCGCGUCACAGAGACACGGCGCUCCGAGGAACAUGAAGGUUUUUUUUUUCCAAACAGGAUUUACCAGAGACUAAAAGCCCCCGACCACAGUUUUAUAUUUUCAUUGUCGCCAUGUGUUUUUUUUUUUAUGUACAUUACAAAUAAGUGUAAUUGUUGCGUUAGACGUGCGUUUGUUGAAUAAACUUUAUGAUAAAAA